CCGCGCCCCCGCGCGGCGCCCAGGCGACUCCAGCGCGGAGGUGGGGAGGGGGCGCUACCGGCGGCGCUUUCGGAGGCUCCCGGGCGGCGCCUUCCACCUGGUCGGAACAAAGGAGCCGAGCGCGGACUGGCUUCGCCCCGGCCGGCGAGAGGGAUGAAGUUCGGCCCUUCCUAGCCCCCGCAGCAGGCGCGCUCCCGGGCCUGGGCGGAGAGCCGACUGCGUGGCCGGAGUUGCGAGCGGGGCAGCCGGGGAGGAUCUAUGGGGCGCGCUGCCCGGCGUGCGGCAUCUUUGGAGCGGAUCCGGAGCGCCUGGCUACCGCGGUGGCCGGUAAUCCCGUCUUGAGCGGCUUCCCUUUGUUGGGAGAAAGGCUCACAUCAUGACUCUGUGGCUGCAAGCUUUCAACCAGCAGAACGUGCUUCUUGAGCCAGUUGGAGCUCCCUGAAUGUCAGUGCAUGGAUGCCACUUAAUUUUGCUUCACAAAGUGCAGUGCUGGAAUGGGAAAUCACAGCAACAACCAUACCUGUAUAACCGAUGAUUCCUUCAAGUACAACCUCUAUGGAGCUGUCUACAGUGUGGUGUUCAUCCUUGGCUUAAUCACCAACUGUGCCUCUCUGUUUGUCUUCUGGUUCCGCAUCAAAAUGCGGAGCGAGACCACCAUUUUUAUGACCAACCUGGCAGUCUCAGACUUGCUCUUUGUGUUCACACUCCCAUUCAAGAUCUUCUACAACUUCAACAGGAACUGGCCAUUUGGAGACCCUUUGUGCAAGAUCUCAGGAACCGCCUUCCUGACCAAUAUCUACGGAAGUAUGCUAUUCCUCACCUGCAUCAGUGUGGACCGCUUCCUCGCUAUUGUCUACCCUUUCCGGUCUCGUUUGGUUAGGACAAGACGUAAUUCAGCAAUCGUCUGUGCAGGAGUAUGGAUUUUAGUUCUCAGUGGAGGGAUCCUGGCAUCCUUGUUUUCCACGACUAAUACCACCAGUGACAUAACAACAUGUUUCGAAGGGUUUCCCAAAGAUGUAUGGAAGACCUACUUAUCCAAGAUUACAAUAUUUAUUGAAGUGGUUGGCUUCAUCAUUCCCCUUAUGCUCAACCUAACAUGUUCAUCACUGCUUCUGAGGACUCUCAGGAAGCCGGCCACCCUCUCCCAGAUUGGCACAAACAAAGAAAAAGUGCUCAAGAUGAUAGUGGUUCAUGUCACCAUCUUUGUGGUGUGCUUUGUCCCCUACAAUUCCAUCCUUUUCCUUUAUGCCCUUGUACGUUCUCAGGCUGUAGCCAACUGUUCUCUGGAGAAGUUCGCAAAGACCUUCUACCCAAUCACACUGUGCAUUGCCACUCUCAACUGUUGCUUUGAUCCUUUUGUCUACUACUUCACAUCAGAAUCUUUCCAGAAAUCUUUCUAUGUAAUUCCUCAUCUCAAAACUGAUUCCCUUUUCAAAACUGAAAGCCGUCUAACAAAAGUUCCUCUGCCACCAAUACAGGAGGAGAUGAGUGACCAGACCAUUACAAAUGGGGGAGACUUGACCUGUGAAUCCAAUUUUUAAUUUUGAAGCUUUCUGCACUAACAGUAGGAUAGGCAUUGGACUGCAGAGAAUGUGGUAUUAUCCCAGUAGAUGGGAAGUAUGUAGAAUAUAUAGUAAUGAAAAGUCAAGCAGAUGCUCUUCCUUCUGAAAACUCAUCCUCAUGUUUUCACUUGAGUAAUGUUGCCCACGUGUACAUUUUGCUUUUGAAGCUACAGAAUAAUAAAAUAUUUCAUCUUUA